UAAAACCUCAGUGCAUUUGGUAGGGGAUAACAUUGUGUUUGGUGCAAAAUUUAUCCUAUACCCUCUUUUGUUGAAAAAGAUUGUUUUCGCAAACACAUGGUCAUUAUUAUUAGUGUACAUUUCGUGCAAAGAGAUUGUUGAAGAUAUAAACUGUACUCGACUUUGAAAUAUUUUGAAUGCUUUUCGACAUCAUUAUUUUUCAAAAGCUACAAUUGUGAUGGAUUUUAGAGAUAAAAGUGAUAAAAAAGAAAUAUUUUGAAUUUUGUCGGCAAUGAAAGAAGAUAAGUGACUGAUUAGUUUUAACAAGUUUUUGAACAUAAAGGAGUAAUUCUAUGUUUAUGAGAGCAGAAAAAAAGAUUAAGAGCUUGAUAGAACAAGGAAAAAUUACAAGAACAGGAAAACAUCAAGAAAAUAAAAGAAAUUUAUAUUUCAUUUAAAAAUUUGAAGACGAAACAAACUUUUCAAUUUACUGUGUUGUCUUAAAGGGACUUAAGAACUACAUACAAGGAACAAUUUUAGAAAAAAGUUGGAACACUUUUGAAUGAAGUUUAUUAUUAAAGGAAAGCAUGACAGUUGAUUAUGGUGAGAGUGCAAACAUGCAUUUGUUUGGAUUAAACACUAACAAUACAGAUUACUCGAGUGCCAUUCACAGCCCUGAAAAUCUGUAUCAGGAGAUCUAUAUGGACAUGUCACAGUUUCGAGAGCCCCCUCCCUACCCCGGCCAUCCAACUCAAAGUCAGACUGGUCUUCGCCAGAGUUUCUCCGGCAGUGAGACAAGCACCGAUGUUUCUGUAUCGUCAACAGAAAACUUGGCAUCGGGCCAGCGUCAGGAGCCGCAGGGGGAAGAAACCCAAGUCCCAAACGCGAGUCUAUCGUACGACCUUACGGGAUCCAGCGAAUACAGCAUACUAGAAAGGCUUGGGAUGCCAACUUCUGAGAUGGAAAAACUACAAAGUGUGGGAGAAAACCCACCCCAAAUUUAUGUUACUCCAGGAAAUGUGUAUAAUACAGGACAUGGGCCUUUCAUCGCAACAAGUGUUAAUUCUCCGAUUCAUUAUACGGGAUUAAAUCAGUUUCAUACAGGACAUAUGGCACAUCAUUUGUACCAAUCGAACGAGAGUGGUUUUUCUAGUGCAAGUUCCAAGCAUCAGCUUGGCGAAACCGGCUCAAAUCAAAGUUUGACAAUGGCGUCAGGAUUUUCGAACGACUCUUCACCGAAUUAUACACAAGCAUCACAGAAUACUAUGUCUUCAUCUCCAAACCCAGUGUGCUCGUACAACAGCAGUACGCUUUACGCGAACUAUCCCCAGCACCACUGGGCACAACACAGUGCAAUAGAUACGGCCAGCCUCACCGCAGGGCACGAUAUGUCCCACCUUCACCAUCAGGUGCCCCCGUAUAUGUCACCAUCAGUGAUGCACACGGGAUUACAUCUACAUUCAUUACCUCACCACCACUAUGCAAGCAACCCACUACCCCCACCCCCUGACUACCCUGGAAUGUCGAACCCAGAGGCAACAAGGAGGUCAUACGAACUUCUGGGCAAGUCAGAUAUCCCGGGCUCCAGGUCGCACCCUGAUUUGCAUCACUCCUUUGACCCUAGAACUCGAGGCGCAAUCAUCCACACCCCACAUGGAUCCGGGUCAGAUAGGGGCUCGCAACAAUCUCUUGAGCAUGGGCGAUGUGGUGAGAGUGGACUGUACUCAGACAUUGACCAUCUCGCAACUCAAGCUACGCGGAUGGUCGAAGUGUUGAGCGAGGAAAACCGCUCUCUACGUCAGAAACUGUCCGUCUAUGAUCGGAAGGUCACCAAACUUCAAAAGUUCGAGAUGGAAAUUCAAAAAGUCCAUGAGGGUUAUGAAUCUCUACAAAAAUCAUCCAAAAAACGGGAACAGCUUGAACAAGCGAUGAAAAAACGCCUUGAAGACGAACUCAAGAAACUUAAGGCCCUUAACAACGGUCUUAUACAGCAGUUACAGAAAGCCGGCCAGACUGUGCCGGAAAAUGCGAUACUGGCCUCUAUCGAACCAACAGAUAGCAGCAUGUUGCAUCUGCUUGCUAAACACAAGGAAGUGUUGGUUGAGAAAGAUCGCGUGGACAUGGAACUAGAAGCUGUACGAAAUGAGAAUCAGGCUCAGCGGUCACAGAUCGAGAUCCUUCGUAAUGUCCAGGCGCAGCAGUCACGUAGAGAUGUUGAGGAACAGAGGCAACAGCUGCUUGCCGACUAUGAUGAAGAAAUCAAGCAAGAGCUCUCCUCCAUAAAGGCAGCUUAUGAGAAAAAGGAACAGACAGAAAGAAAUAUUCGACAAAAACUUGAAAAAGAGCUGGAAUUCUGUCGGGCGAACCAUUCCCAACACAGCUCCCUUGGUCGGGGAAUGGAGCCUAAGGGAGAUUUGAACUCAGAUAUCAAGAAACUGUUGGAAGAAAAGGAGGCGAAAAUCCUGCAGCUGGAAAAAGAGCUCAUUCAGUGGAAAGAACAACAGCUUGAAGAAAGUAUUCGCAAAUUAAAACUUCAAGAGAUGGAUGUUGACAUGGGUAGUCGUCUCCCCUUGUACGACCAGGGCUCCUCCAUGUGUUCGUCAACUUGUUCCAGCGUCUCCACAGAAACACUUAUUAAUGAGGCAAAGGUUGACAAGUUGAAACAGAUGGAAGAAGUCUACCAGGCCAAUAGGCAGGUCACAGAGUUGGAGGCUAGAGUUAAGUCAUUGCAGUCGCAACUCAGUGAAAAAGAGGCUAUGCUACGUGUAUACCAGCGCUCUCCGAUGACCCGUAGCUCGAGUGUACACACAAUCUACUGCCCACCCCAUCACUCACCACGACCCUCUCUGGUGGCGUCUGGUUCCCUUAGUCGUCAGGGUAGCCAAGAUGCCGGUGCCCUGCUCGAGGUCAGACAUAAAAAGACGGGGAGCACCUCCGCAUUGGAGAAUUAUAGUCAUAUAACGCAGGAGGAACUCUUGAAAAGGACAGAGCAUCUUAAAUCUGAGGCGAAGACCAGCUCGACCUCAGACACAGAGAACACGCCUGACACAGUAUGGCAGGUGUGAACUCCACUGUUACCUAGCAACGGGGAUGCUUUUUGCGUUUCAUGGCAACCAAAUGCCUAGCAACAUGGAUAUUGUUGCCUCCCAGUCAAAUACCUAGCAACGGUGCAAUACAGUAUGUUGCUUGGCAACCAAUCACCUAGCAACAGGAACACUAUGUGGAUGCCAUUUUGAACGUUUUCGGAUUGUCAGAUUUUACCUGGCAGCCAUGACACUUGUCUAGGUAUAUAGCAGCAUGAUUAUAAAAUUUAAGGACAGGAAUAUGUUAGUUUUUGGGAAAGAAAAGUAAGAAAUCCUUCAUUGGGUUUCUUAAUGGGACAGAUGAGGAUUCAAAAACAAAAUUGUGAAAGAUUAAGUGAGAGGAGGUUGGCUUUUGGUAAAGGAGUUAUUGAAAAAGGGACAGAUACAAUGUAUUCACAACAGAGACUUUAAAGCUGUCAUUGACGUUGGCUUAAGCUAUGCAAUCAGAUUGUUUGACUAACUCUGUGGUUGCUAUGGGAGUUUGUUUCCAUAGCAACCUGUUGACUGGUUUCAGGAUUACCACGAGCUCUGUGAUAUUUGCUGUCUCCGGACAUUAAAUUGCCAGUAAUUACGUGCGUGUGCUUACGUUUAUUCCAAAUAUCAUAUUGAUUUUCCAUGUUAUGUCUAAGAUUGAGGGCUCUAAGAUUGUGAAACAAUGUCCAUAUUUGUCUGAUUGUUCUGUUUGUCAGUACCACCAUGUUUGACUUUAUUGCACACUCAAAAACACUACGACACAAAGCCCGAAUCUUGUAAAUUAUUGCAGCGCAACCUACUAACUCAAGAGGACUUAACUUGUAUCCAAUAAUAUGAUUUUAUAUGUUUCAUUGAAUAGUAGUUUUGUACAAAUUUGCACUAUCCUGUAUCUUGGAUGGGGCCUGUAUUUUGCCAAAGUCUCAUGAUGUGAGUGACAUGUUAUUGAUGUAUGUUUUGUAUGGAGGAAUACACAAAUGUAUAUGCUUUAUAAUAUUUGAUGUACAGUUCUGUAUAUUUGACCCAAUGUCUUUCAUGUACAUAGAAAUAAGUUCAUAUUUUUGAAAUGAUUAUAUAACUGUCACUUUUUGCCUUUAGCAUUACCAUUUCCAUUUUUCGGAAAUUUCAUGUACAUGAACAUUCAUGUUUUAGUGGACAAAAAUAAAAUAUAUAUUUUUGUGACAGUACUUUAAGCACGUUUUUUGCAGUACACCAACUUGACAAAGGCAUCUUCGCUUUACAAGCAAUGCACCAGCAUUAUCUUCGCGAUAUUAUUUUUUUAUUAUUGACAGGUAUGCUGCUUAAUACAGCGACUAUGUAACUCGUUCAAAAUCCGUAAAAAUGGGUUUUGCUUGCAAUGCGGUGAAAGCAUUUUGAUGCAAAAGUUUAAUGUAUGAGUAAUAGAGGAUUGCGUCAUAGAACUUCUUUUACUUUUCGUUAAUUAAAGUCCCAGACUUAUUUCGAAGUAAAACUAGUCUGCAGUGGGAUUGUCAAUCAUAACUGUUUUGUGAGAAAUUGUUCUGCUCAGUUGCUUUGUUCUCUAAGAAAUUCCCAGGGAAAAAUCUUGUUCACUUUUGCAUUAUCUGGGAUUCUCACAGAGAGUGAUGUAUUGUGCAGAUGAGGAAUUCGGAAAAUGAAGGGCGGGAAUAGUGUUUACCUGGAUUUUUAGGACAAAACAGAGAUAAACGGUCUGGCAAAUAUGAAAUAUUUUAAAAAUGCUGCUUCUCAGAUAAACAUUGUUUUAUUACUUGAAGCAUAUUUUUUUAUAUUCUGUGUUGUUUUGUUGUUCCGGUUAUGGAAUACUUGAACUUGUUGGUGCUAUUGAUAAAAUCAUUGUUCUUGAUAGUUAGUUCUUUCUAGGAGAAAUUAAAAUCAGUAAUUGUUGUUUUUCUCCAAAUUAAAGUCUUAAGAAAGAAAUCUUCUUUUCAAAAGAUUGUCAUUUCUCUGUUGUUAUUUCUUGAUAUUUUGUAUUAUUAUUAUUAUUAUUAAUAUUUAUUGUCUAAGUGUGCUACUUUAACUUUUAUCUUGUCUUUUUCCCAAAGAAAACAUGUCAAGCUAUUGUCAAAGCCUUGGCGGUGUUGUCACUGUGCUAAAUCUUUAACACUGGCCAUAUCUUGGCCUUAACUAAAAAAAAACUUAAAAGCUCAAAAUAUUUAAAUGAAACUUGGUACACACAUUGUCAUAGAUAAUAUGCACGUGUAUGGCAAGAGGGCAUAACUGAAAGAAAAAUACAGACUUGUGUUUGGGGUUAGCUCCCCUGGACUCCAAUUUGAUUAAAUCAUGAAACAGCUGAACUUUUUUAUUAAUGUAGACUGCUUUAAAUUGGCAAGAGUAAUUUCUGUUGAUAUUCAAGAUCUUUCAACACAAACCCUCAAAAGACCUUUCAAACUAAGGCAGUUUACAAUUCUUAUACAAAACUCUUUGUUAAGGAUCUGAAUGUGUUUUAUUACUGUGUUCAAAGCUUUAUUUUUGCAAUGCACUUCACACUCACUUGACUAAUUCUAUCAGCUGAUUUCUGUUGUUUACUCAUAUCCUCAUUUCAUCAUUCAUUGUAAAUAAUGCUUUAUUCUUAAAUGGCUGUUAUAUUAUUAUGAUAAAUUAUGAAAUAAAAUUAUGAAAAUAA